GGUAUCGUCUUCCUUCUAAUCGUCACUUUACUUGCGCAUACGCAUGGUGCACCAUCUGAAACCUCAUCAUGGAAAGAAACGCUAGAACAAUUGCAAAAGGAAAUAAGGGUAAAAAAAGAUGAAACUAUUCAGCGACUUCGCGACUGGGGCUCAAUACUAUUGCCCAAUCUCGACAAACUAGCAGGGUCUGAAAAAAAUCCCCAAAAUUCUGUGGAAAAAGAAAGUGAUAGAAACGAGGAAAGGAAACCUUCGAAUCUAUUAGAUUUACUGCCAGGAAACAGGUGGAGUUCCUCUUAUAACCGAAAAAGUCACGAAAAGAAUUCUGAGAAUACAAAUUUGAAGGAGAAAGAAUCCACGGAUGAAAAGUUUAACCAACGAAACCCAUACAAAAGAAGCUCUCAAGAAAAUGGUCUUCACAACAACAGAAAUCCUCUCAACUGGAUUUUUAAUAAGAAGCGUCCAAAACAAAAUAACAAUGAAUCAGGCGAAAAGGAUCAACCCAAUAAGAAAGACGCGUCAGAAUCUUCAACUUCAACAGAUGAAAUCAGCGCAGCAAUUUCACACACUCGCAAGCAAACAAAUCAUAAACACAGAGAAAAAAAUAAAAACCGCGCAAAAAACAAUAACAGUUCACAGGAUUCGAGUGAAAAUGAUUCAUCCAAUACAAAGGAUUCUUCUGAAUUAUCAAGUUCAACUGAUCAAAUUAGAUCUUCCCGUUCACAUUCUGAUAAAGAAAGAGACAGAAAACAUCAGGGAAAUAGCCAACAUGAUUCAAAAGAAACGGAGCAUCAAAAUCAUCCAUCCGCUAUACAAGAUACGAAUGAGGAAGAAUUCAAAGGAUUCUUAACGAGAGUAAAAGAAAAAGUGAAAAAUGCUACGUAUAUAAUAGAAAUGCUUAAAUACAACAAGAACAACGAAUGUAGACACCUUACACCAAUAGAAAUAUACUUCAGAAGAUUAUACGAAUAUAACAAGGCUAAAUACAUUAAAUGGAGCGAGAAACUGGGAAUAAAAAAGUACAUACUAAGCCAUCUAAAAAAUUUAAGCAUAGACAAACUGUUGAACAUCUGCAAAAUACAGAAAGAAAUCAACCACGAGCAUCGGCUAAUUCUAAUUAAAAAAUGUAUUAAUAUCCACCUCUCCAUUAACGAUACCUUUGAAAUUGUGACAGAAACACCGACACUUUCACCAAACGAUCCAACGUCCUGGAAGUGUGAAGAAACAACAAAACCUCCACGGCCAGUAACACAGUCCACUUCCACAAGGCAAAAUAAUUGGAGCUCGAGCAUAGAAGCGAGCAGCACAAUAACAAUAAUACCAAAUACUUCACGGCAAAAGCGAAGCACCCAAACAGAGGCAACGGAGAACAGCAGCACGACCUCCAGCUCGCCCAACACGGGAAGCUCAGAUGAACCAACGUCCACUACAACGGAGGAACCAUUGCAUUCCAGUAAUAGUACCGACACAUCAUCUGGGCAACCAACCGGGCCCUCUCAGCAGACAAACACAGAAGAACCUACUAGCCAAUCACAGUCAACAGGUAGUACUGGAACCCCUCCAUGUGAGAAACCUACGGAGAGCUCCAGCUUGAGUAGCAGUGAAAGCUCAACUGGACCUUCUUCCUCGACAACUGGCGAACCAUCAUCGACAGCACCAUCCGGGCCCCCUCAGUCGCCAAGUACAGAAGGAGAUACGAGCCCAUCGCAGGCGACAGGCAGUACCGAAACACAGCCAUCAGAGGAACCUACGGAGAGCUCUAGCUUGAGCAGCACUGGAAGCUCAGCUGGACCUUCUUCCUCGACAACUGGCGAACCAUCACCGACAGAACCAUCCGGGCCCCCUCAAUCGACUAGUACUGAAGAACCUACUAGACAAUCACAGUCGACAGGUAGUACUGGAACCCCUCCGUGUGAGGAACCUACGGAGAGCUCCAGCUUGAGUAGCAGUGAAAGCUCAACUGGGCCUUCUUCCUCGACAACUGGCGAACCAUCAUCGACAGAACCAUCCGGGCCCCGUCAGUCGACAAGUACAGAAGGAGAUACGAGCCCAUCGCAGGCAACAGGCAGUACCGAAACACGGCCAUCAGAGGAACCUACGGAGAGCUCCAGCUUGAGCAGCACUGGAAGUUCAGCUGGACCUUCUUCCUCGACAACUGGCGAACCAUCAUCGACAGAACCAUCCGGGCCCCCACAGUCGACAAGUACAGACGGAGAUACGAGCCCAUCGCAGGCAACAGGCAGUACCGAAACACGGCCAUCAGAGGAACCUACGGAGAGCUCCAGCUUGAGCAGCACUGGAAGUUCAGCUGGACCUUCUUCCUCGACAACUGGUGAACCAUCAUCGACAGAACCAUCCGGGCCCCCUCAGUCGACUAGUACAGAAGAACCUACUAGCCAAUCACAGUCAACAGGUAGUACUGGAACCCCUCCGUGUGAGGAACCUACGGAGAGCUCCAGCUUAAGUAGCAGUGAAAGCUCACCUGGACCUUCUUCCUCUACAACUGGCGAACCAUCAUCGACAGAACCAUCCGGGCCCCGUCAGUCGACAAGUACAGAAGGAGAUACGAGCCCAUCGCAAGCAACAGGCAGUACCGAAACACGGCCAUCAGAGGAACCUACGGAGAGCUCCAGCUUGAGCAGCACUGGAAGUUCAGCUGGACCUUCUUCCUCGACAACUGGCGAACCAUCAUCGACAGAACCAUCCGGGCCCCCACAGUCGACAAGUACAGACGGAGAUACGAGCCCAUCGCAGGCAACAGGCAGUUCCGAAACACGGCCAUCAGAGGAACCUACGGAGAGCUCCAGCUUGAGCAGCACUGGAAGUUCAGCUGGAUCUUCUUCCUCGACAACUGGCGAACCAUCAUCGACAGAACCAUCCGGGCCCCCUCAGUCGACUAGUACAGAAGUACCUACCAGCCAAUCACAGUCAACAGGUAGUACUGGAACCCCUCCAUGUGAGAAACCUACGGAGAGCUCCAGCUUGAGUAGCAGUGAAAGCUCAACUGGACUUUCUUCCUCGACAACUGGCGAACCAUCAUCGACAGCACCAUCCGGGCCCCCUCAGUCGACAAGUACAGAAGGAGAUACGAGCCCAUCGCAGGCAACAGGCAGUACCGAAACACGGCCAUCAGAGGAACCUACGGAGAGCUCCAGCUUGAGCAGCACUGGAAGUUCAGCUGGACCUUCUUCCUCGACAACUGGCGAACCAUCAUCGACAGAACCAUCCGGGCCCCCACAGUCGACAAGUACAGACGGAGAUACGAGCCCAUCGCAGGCAACAGGCAGUUCCGAAACACGGCCAUCAGAGGAACCUACGGAGAACUCCAGCUUGAGCAGCAGUGAAAGCUCAACUGGACUUUCUUCCUCGACAACUGGCGAACCAUCAUCGACAGAACCAUCCGGGCCCCCUCAGUCGACUAGUACAGAAGUACCUACCAGCCAAUCACAGUCAACAGGUAGUACUGGAACCCCUCCAUGUGAGAAACCUACGGAGAGCUCCAGCUUGAGUAGCAGUGAAAGCUCAACUGGACUUUCUUCCUCGACAACUGGCGAACCAUCAUCGACAGCACCAUCCGGGCCCCCUCAGUCUACAAGUACAGAAGGAGAUACGAGCCCAUCGCAGGCAACAGGCAGUACCGAAACACGGCCAUCAGAGGAACCUACGGAGAGCUCCAGCUUGAGCAGCACUGGAAGUUCAGCUGGACCUUCUUCCUCGACAACUGGCGAACCAUCAUCGACAGAACCAUCCGGGCCCCCACAGUCGACAAGUACAGACGGAGAUACGAGCCCAUCGCAGGCAACAGGCAGUUCCGAAACACGGCCAUCAGAGGAACCUACGGAGAGCUCCAGCUUGAGCAGCACUGGAAGUUCAGCUGGACCUUCUUCCUCGACAACUGGCGAACCAUCGUCGACAGAACCGUCCGGGCCCCCUCAGUCGACUAGUACAGAAGAACCUACUAACCAAUCACAGUCAACAGGUAGUACUGGAACCCCUCCAUGUGAGAAACCUACGGAGAGCUCCAGCUUGAGUAGUAGUGAAAGCUCAACUGGACUUUCUUCCUCGACAACUGGCGAACCAUCACCGACAGCACCAUCCGGGCCCCCUCAGUCGACAAGUACAGAAGGAGAUACGAGCCCAUCGCAGGCAACAGGCAGUACCGAAACACGGCCAUCAGAGGAACCUACGGAGAGCUCCAGCUUGAGCAGCACUGGAAGUUCAGCUGGACCUUCUUCCUCGACAACUGGCGAACCAUCAUCGACAGAACCAUCCGGGCCCCCUCAGUCGACAACUACAGAAGGAGAUACGAGCCCAUCGCAGGCAACAGGCAGUACCGAAACACGUCCACCGGAGGAACCUACGGAGAGCUCCAGCUUGAGCAGCACUGGAAGUUCAGCUGGACCUUCUUCCUCGACAACUGGCGAACCAUCGUCGACAGAACCGUCCGGGCCCCCUCAGUCGACUAGUACAGAAGAACCUACUAACCAAUCACAGUCAACAGGUAGUACUGGAACCCCUCCAUGUGAGAAACCUACGGAGAGCUCCAGCUUGAGUAGUAGUGAAAGCUCAACUGGACUUUCUUCCUCGACAACUGGCGAACCAUCACCGACAGCACCAUCCGGGCCCCCUCAGUCGACAAGUACAGAAGGAGAUACGAGCCCAUCGCAGGCAACAGGCAGUACCGAAACACGGCCAUCAGAGGAACCUACGGAGAGCUCCAGCUUGAGCAGCACUGGAAGUUCAGCUGGACCUUCUUCCUCGACAACUGGCGAACCAUCAUCGACAGAACCAUCCGGGCCCCCUCAGUCGACAACUACAGAAGGAGAUACGAGCCCAUCGCAGGCAACAGGCAGUACCGAAACACGUCCACCGGAGGAACCUACGGAGAGCUCCAGCUUGAGUAGCAGUGAAAGCUCAACUGGACUUUCUUCCUCGACAACUGGCGAACCAUCAUCGACAGCACCAUCCGGGCCCCCUCAGUCGACAAGUACAGAAGGAGAUACGAGCCCAUCGCAGGCAACAGGCAGUACCGAAACACGGCCAUCAGAGGAACCUACGGAGAACUCCAGCUUGAGCAGCACUGGAAGUUCACCUGGACCUUCUUCCUCGACUUCUGGCGAACCAUCAUCGACAGAACCAUGCGGACCCCGUCAGUCGACAAGUACAGAAGGAGAUACGAGCCCAUCGCAUGCAACAGGCAGUACCGAAACACGGCCAUCAGAGGAACCUACGGAGAGCUCCAGCUUGAGCAGCACUGGAAGUUCAGCUGGACCUUCUUCCUCGACAAUUGGCGAACCAUCAUCGACAGAACGAUCCGGGCCCCCUCAGUCGACUAGUACAGAAGAACCUACUAGCCAAUCACAGUCAACAGGUAGUACUGGAACCCCUCCGUGUGAGGAACCUACGGAGAGCUCCAGCUUAAGUAGCAGUGAAAGCUCACCUGGACCUUCUUCCUCUACAACUGGCGAACCAUCAUCGGCAGAACCGUCGGGGUCUCCUGAGUCGACAAGUACACAAGAAUCUACGAGCCAAUCGCAGCCAACAGGCAGUACAGGAACACGCCCGUCAGAGGAACCUACGGAGAGCUCCAGCUUGAGCACCACUGGAAAAUCAGCUGGACCCGAUUCCUCGACAACUGGCGAACCAUCAUCGACAGAACCAUCCGGGCCCCCUCAAUCGACUAGUACUGAAGAACCUACUAGCCAAUCACAGUCGACAGGUAGUACUGGAACCCCUCCAUGUGAGGAACCUACGGAGAGCUCCAGCUUGAGUAGUAGUGAAAGCUCAACUGGGCCUUCUUCCUCAACAGCUGGCGAACCAUCAUCGACAGAACCAUCCGGGCCCCCUCAGUCGACAAGUACAGACGGAGAUACGAGCCCAUCGCAAGCAACAGGCAGUACCGAAGCACGGCCAUCAGAGGAACCUACGGAGAGCUCCAGCUUGAGCACCACUGGAAGUUCAGCUGGACCCGAUUCCUCGACAACUGGCGAACCAUCAUCGACAGAACCAUCCGGGCUCCCUCAGUCGACAAGUACAGAAGGACCUACGAGCCCAUCGCAGGCAACAGGCAGUGCCGAAACACGGCCAUCUGAUGAACCUACGGAGAGCUCUAGCUUGAGCAGCACUGGAAGUUCAGCUGGAACUUCUUCCUCGACAACUGGUGGACCAUCGGCGACAGAACCAUCCGGACCCCCUCAGUCGACAAGUACAGAAGGACCUACGAGCCCAUCGCAGGCAACAGGCAGUGCCGAAACACGGCCAUCAGAGGAACCUACGGAGAGCUCUAGCUUGAGCAGCACUGGAAGUUCAGCUGGAACUUCUUCCUCGACAACUGGUGGACCAUCAUCGACCGAACCAUCCGGACCCCCUCAGUCGACAAGUACAGAAGGACCUACGAGCCCAUCGCAGGCAACAGGCAGUACCGAAACACGGCCAUCAGAGGAACCUACGGAGAGACCCAACUCGAGCAGCUCUGGAUGUUCAGCUCGAUCUUCUUCGCCGACAACUGGCGGAUCAUCAUCGACAGAACCGUCGAGGUCCCCUGAAUCGACAAGUACACAAGAAAGCAUGAGCACAUCGCAGCCAACAAGCAGUACCGAAACACGGCCAUCUGAGGAACCUACGGGGAGCUCCAGCUUGAGCACCAAUGGAAGUUCGGCUGGAACUUCUUCCUCGACAACUGGUGGACCAUCAUCGACCGAACCAUCCGGGCCCCCUCAGCCGACAAGUACAGAAGAACCUGCCAGCCCAUCGCAGUCAGCAGGCAGUACCGAAACAGGCCCAUCUGAGGAACCUACGGAGAGCUCUAGUUUGAGCAGCACUGGAAGAUCUGCCGAACCUUCUUCCUCGACAACUAGCGGACCAUCAUCUGCAGAAUCAUCCGGUCCCCCUCAAUGGACAAAUACAGAAGAACCUGCGAGCCCAUCGCAGUUAACAGGCAGGACGGAAACGCGCCCAUCUGAGGAACCUACGGAGAGCUCCAGCUUGAGUAGCAGUGGAAGUUCUGCUGGACCUUCUUCCUCAACAACUGGCGGACCAUCGUCGGCAGAACCAUCGGGAUCCUCUGAGUCGACAAGUACAGUAGUACCUACGAUCCUCUCGCAGCCGACAGGCAGCACCGACACGCGGCCAUCUGAGGAACCUACGGAGGGCUCUAGCUUGAGCAGCACUGGUAGUUCAGGUGGGCCUUCUUCGUCGACAACUGGCAGACCAUCAUCGACAGAACCAUCCGGGCCCUCUGAGUCGACUGGUACAGAAGAACCUACUAUCCAAUCGCAGUCAACAGGUAGUACUGGAACCCCCCCUAGUGAGGAACCUACAGAGAGUUCCAACUUGAGCAGUAAUAUACCAUCCUCGGUAACUGCUAGUGGUAGUGCUCUUUCUACAAGUGCCGAAGAUUCUAGGAAUGUUUCACGACCACGACGAGACACGUCAUCGCGCGCUACUGAUGGUUGUGCGGCAAGCACAAUUCAAAUCACGACUGAGAUAUCUGGCAGUACCGAGCGUCAACCGCAGACUACAGGCAGUAGCAAUAUUCCUUCAUCGGUACCUGCCAGUGAAACGUCACAAUCUGAAGGUAUCGUAACAUCUAUUGGCACUUUGGAGCCGGCAAAGAAUUCUUCACAAUCUACUGAGUGGCUUGCCGGAAGCACUACCUUAAGUGAUACGGAAACUGUAUCCGAUGUUUCAACGUUGGAAUCCGAAAAUAUUGUUAUCUCUGGUAACCUAGAAGUUGCUGUUGAGAGCAAUAUUGGCGGCAGCUCUGCUAAUAAGAGCAUAGUGGAAUCUGGUAUUUUUAAUCUAACAAUAGAGGACGUUGCAAAAGCUAAUAUAACUGGUUUUCAUAUUAACGGAUCUUCUAUUGUGAUGGACGGAGAGUUGAUUAGAUCGAAUGGUACAGGAUCUCAUGAAGUUCUUAUUGUGGACCAAGUUCAUAUUUCUGGCAGCCUUGAUAUUGAUGUUGAGGAACACAAUGAGACCAUUUUUUCUAAUAUCGGUAGUUUGACGAGUUUGGGUAAAAACAGAACCAGGGUACCUGGAUCAGGAUCACCUGUAUUACAAAUUAAUGAAACCGGUGGGAAUGUUGUUUCUUCCAAUGAUCUGUCGAGGGGAUCUACAACACUCCCUAUUACCCUAUGAAGAAUGUCGUUUCCGUUGUAUAGAAAAAUUAAAUAUCGACGAAGAAUUGGCAUUGCAUCUCGUUAUAGGUGAUUCGAGGAAGAAAAUGACGAACUGAAAUAGAUAUGAAGAAAAUUCACUACAUUCUGAUAAAGUAUUAGAACUAGUAUUGAAACAUUGUUUGCUGGUAUAUUAAUAUAUACGGCAGCAAGAAGUUUGUUAACGAGUAAACCAAGUAUGCUAACAAAUUUUAUAUGUAGUUAUAGAUAAUUGUGUUAUUGUUCAAUGUUGGGCAACUUUUUAUUGUUACUGAGAUUGUUAUUAAUAAGAUAUUA